CUAAUCUGUGGUUGGCCAGCGAGCUGUCAUUCAAUAUUUAAUUUCGUUUCGUACGCCUUGAAGCGUUUUUUUACAUAAAAUAAAUAGAUAAUAAUUUAAAUAAUAAACUCAAAAUGGACGUCUUUCUAAUGAUUAGGCGAAAAAAGUUAACCAUAUUCACCGAUGCGAAGGACACGACGACGGUUUUAGAAUUAAAGAAAAUGAUAGAAGGAAUUCUGAAGGUGCCUCCUCCUAGCCAGAUGCUCUUCAACAAAGACAGUCAGCUGAUGGAAGACGAAAAGACCCUGGCUGAGUACGGUUUGACAUCCAACACUGCUAAAGCACAAUGCCCUGCGCCCAUCGGACUUGCACUUCGGAAGGAAAAUGGUGAAUUCGAAGCCUUGGAUCUGACUGCAUACUCAUCCCCACCAGACUUGCCCGAUGUCAUGAAGUCUCAGGAAACCAACGGCCAGGAACAGAUGGACCAGCACUAAGCGCCGGCGAUGCUCACUCCACGCCGCCGGCCGGGCGGUACUUUAAACUAUAUUUUUUUGCAUAUGAACAUAUUUUGUUAAUAAUUUAUCGACGAUAUGUGUUCGAUUUUAACAAUCUGUUAUGUCUACACAUUUCUUUGUAGUAUUUUUGUGAUGCUUUGUACGAUGGAGUGUAGCGCUUUUGUAGUUUGUUGCUCUACGAAAUUCGAAAAACAAUAGUUAUGAUGGUUUGUCCUUCUCGGACGUAUUAAUGUAUUUUGUAACGAUCGAUGUUGGUGUUUGAGGCCGAACACACACUAAAGUGACGAUGUGCGGGUAGUCGUCGGAGUAAAGUUAUUAUUAUUUUCUCAACAACGAAUAACGGGUUAGCUGCAUUCGCAGAUUAUUAGCAGUGGGCGAUGAUAUUUUAAAGAUAGAAAUGUCGCCAAAAUUAAAGCCUCGCGACGUUUACUAAAAAUCGCUCAUUGUAUCUGCGAUAAGAAAACUAAUUUCGGUAUUAGACUGAAGAGGAAUUGAUAUUUCCCUUCUCUUACGUUUAAGGCUUAGGUUCAAUGUAUACUAGAUCAUUCGCGCGGUCGCUUCCCUGUGCUGUCAUUUUAGUGUGUGCCCGGCGUAAGGUAAGGCAAGUAGCGGCGGUGUACAUGGAAUGAGACCGCCAUAGUAAUCGCUGUAAUUCGGCACUUGGGACACGUGAAAACCUGAAUUUUGGGCUAAGACUCCCCGCACACUACAGAUUUUUAGUCGACCCAUAGUUUGCUCGGCUUCCAUUUGUAUGAGGAAUGCUGAAACCAAAUCGGUGUAAUGUGCGUACUUCCGUACAUUCCGUUCCGUAACAGACCAACCAAACUCUCGGCCGAUAAAAAGUCUAGUCUGCGGGGUGUCUAAAUGUUUGCAAUAACGGCACUGAAAUAGGGUUGUACCAGCCAAAACGGGACUGAUAGAUUCGUACGAAAGUCGGUAAUUUUAUUUAUUAUAGAAGCGUUUUAGGCCUCAGUCGGGUGUCACGCGUCGCAAGCGCCGCUGAAGGGCAGCACGGUGCUGACUGCCCUCGUUCUCUCGGAGCGGCACACGCAUUUAUUAUUUGUUAUCCUGUGUUUACCUGACGAUUUGUUGAUGUGUUUAUUUGUACCUGUACAAAGAAAUAAAAUUAUGGAUCAGUGUAUAGCAAUGUUUGAUUUGUAUAAAUCAUACGAAACCUUUCAAAAUGGUGUUGGUCUUUGAACUAUUGAUAGUAGAGUUGCCAAAUUAUUCAUUGUAAAGCCGUGUGUCGCCCGAGAACGCAACCUCUUGAUUCCCGGCGUCGAUGGAAUACUACAUUUGUCAAUUGUAUGACAACAGCUGUUUCUUUAUUACCAUUUAAGAAUCGAAAUGCAGCUCUAAAUCUAAAUUUAUCUGACAAUCAACGCACCAGGAAUCAGAGGCUUACUUACAUAUUUAUUGUAAUAAUCUUAACGUCACAAUAAUCUUCACUCAUCGUUAUUGUGGCUCAUUCACUACUAAGGCCAUGACAUUACACCAUUGGUGACUAACCAGCUAUACCAGUAUCUCAUUUUGUGAACUAUCAUAAUAAAGUAAUAUUUUUGCACUAAACGAUUUGUAACGCGUUCUACUAACGCUGCGUCACGGCAUUAAUUUCGUUCAUAGCUUUACGCUGAUAUCGAAAAUUUUUAAAUACCCUAUAUUUAAGGUAUAUUUUCGUGCAUUGCGAUCUUUCGCAGCAGCGUGUGAUUCUGGCCCUAUGGAAAUGAAAAGCAUUGCUUUUGGGAAGUGCGACGAACGCGCGCGGUCGCCAUCUAAAUCGGCGAUGGACCGCAAUGCAUGGAAGUCCCUUCCCUUUAGGGAAUCUUACCAUAUUAUUCAUUGUCGAUGGUUCUGAAGACAAAGUAACAACCGAUCCGCUUCAAAUCGCUUCCGCCGGCAAGCCAAAAUAUUAAAAUAUUGAAUGCGUUAAUUUAAUAUGUUUUUAAAUCUUAGUUAUUUUACAACUUCGUGACUUUUGAAAGGCGUUUUAACUUUAUUGAUCGAAUGUUACUUUGUCUCCGUGCCUGGGUCCGUUCUUCGUGUCUGUACCUUGUUUUUCUUGUAAAAAGUGAAUUCUCUGUAGUGUGCGACGCCUGUCGCGAGCGCAUAAAGUCAUUUCAAUAGUUGUAUAGUUAUCCACAGACGCGGCGAGCGGACGCGAAAACCUUUUAGCAAUAGAGUAGGCGACCAGCUCACCGACGGAAUAACUAAGGGAUUGCCGGACACACUAUUUUUCAACUUUAUUGCCAUGCAAUAGAGUUCCAAUAUCAGUCGCCCUUGUGAUGCAAAUCAGGCCAAAUCAGCGCAAGAAUUAGGCCACAUCAAUGAAAUAAUAACCCUUAUCAUUUUACAUCUAAACGCGCCGACUCUCUUGCUACGAGUUUUUCUAAUCUUACAUUAUAAUGUACACAUUAUAAAUAUGAUUUUAUUAAAUUUAAUGAUAACGGUAUUUAACUGAUGAUAGUUUAGAAUGAACUAUAGAUAUUAGCUAACUUAAUAGGGGUAAAAUAGGGGGCUUUUUAUAUUCGUAAAUCCAGAUGAUUCCCGAUUCUGUGACAUUCGAAACAUCUAUGAAAUCGAACAUCUGUAGUUCCUCUAACGAAAGGUUGCUAUUGUUUUCUUUUUCUAUUUUUAUGUAAUGUUUUCUAAUGCACCUUUUUGAUGUAAGAUGUUCUGUAUAUUUUGGUUUGGGCUCGACUCCUCAAAGACCCACGAUAUACGGUGUCCUGCGUCGGCGCGGGCGCAGCGCGUGCGUCGCGCAUAGUUAGUUAAUAUCCCUUAAAUUAUAUUUCACAAUUCAGAUGUUCUACCAAAUACAAUUUUCCGUUUAAAAUGUAAUCCAAAAAUAGAAUAGUUGGGUAUUAAGUGGUAUUGCACUUAUUGCACUGUAAUAUUAUAGGAUAGUGAAUUAAUGGGUCGCUCUAAAAGUCUGGACGGUGGGGCUUUGAAUAGGAUAACAGUUGUAAAGAUUUUAAACAACUUUCAAGCCGCCGGCGGCUAAAGAUGUGUUGUUUCAUAGUCCACUCACGUGAGUGUAAACGCUAACAGGAACUUGUUAAGGUCCGAUUUUCCACGCUUAUCGUAAUUUCGGAAUCAGAGCUUGCAAAAAUGAAACUUCAUGGUCAGUCAUAAGUAUUUAAAAUCCCCGUGGCCCCUAUACAUUAACCGUAUCGCCGUAUUUUCACAAACUAUCAUGGAUUUUGUGGAACCAAAUAAAUGUACGAAAAUGACAGUGGAUAACAUGUUUUGCAUAGACACUAGCGCCGCAGUUGAGUGACCAACUUCGUGAUAAUCGCCGGUCUAAUGUUACCCCCCGUCCGAACAUGGCGCCCUUCUACCGGCCGCAGGCAGGUGUUACUUCUCAUACUCAACUUUGCUGUGAUGGUCCUUAUCACCAAAGAAGUCUUACGGAGUUUCGUGGAACUAAAAUUAUAAUCAACUGAACUGUUGCUGUCAAAUUAAUCAAAGGCACUAGCCCAUUCACUACGGGACUUCUUUCGUGAAAACGGACUACAAAUCCUAUAGUGGUGGAGGAACAGCGACUAUAUUACAUAUAUGAAUUUAUUGAUUUAACUAAUAAGCGAUUCUAGAGUCUCGCUGGUUUGAAUGUUUUGUAUACUACAAGAACAAAAAGUCGAUUCAACGCGGUGGGACCUAGGAGAGAAUACUAGUGUAGUGAUUCUGUGCAAGUAUGGAAGUCCACAAUGAACCAGCAGAAAAUAAAGCUGUUUUGAUUUA